AUGAUUCCUCGAACACAGCUUCCAAAUGCGAUUCCUGAAGAUUCUGAAGGAAGUGAAAAUGAUGAAGUGCCGCCCAUACAAGCUCCACCCGCUCGUGCAUUACGAAGACUCUCUGCUUCAAUUCCCAUUAGGAAGCACUCACCAUUCCUACAAGGAAUUAGUUCUGCUCACGUAAUCGAGGAAGAUGAAGUCGUGCCUGCUCGGCAGGAGAAGCAACAGAGCACAACGUUGAGGAAAGUGGAAGAAAAGUUGGAGUCAGUCGAUGAAGAAAGCAGUAUCAGUCCAAAUCGAUCGCGUGCGCCUAGUUCAACGUAUGAGUUCCCAUGUCCGAGGCUAUCCGAUUCUGUUGUUGCAAACAUGAUCAAGUUGUCUGUGCUAAGCGAAGGACGCUCUAGAUUUGGAAUUGUUUCAAAAUACAUUAACAAAACAACGAUGGCCAACUAUGCGGUAGCUGAGUGGGACAUCAAGGCGAUGGAUAGAAAGGUCAGCCAUUUACUCCUCUCUGGCGGGUUUCCUGUGCUAAGCGAAGGACGCUCUAGAUUUGGAAUUGUUUCAAAAUACAUUAACAAGACAACGAUGGCCAACUAUGCGGUAGUUGAGUGGGACAUCAAGGCGAUGGAUAGAAAGAGUCUCGACGAGGUCAUAUGUCAGCUAGAGUUUGUUUCAACGCUAAGACAUCCGCGAAUCGGCAGUGUAUAUGGAUAUUACGUAACUGAUAGCCGACUGCAGAUCUUUCGAACAUUUUUACCAAGUGGAGCAGUGGCUGAUCAGCUGAAACUUGCUCCGUUACCUGAAAUUACAGCAAUGAAGUACUUCAAGCAAUCACUAGAGGCUCUAAAUUUUUUACACGAGAGAGGCGUUGUACAUGGUGACAUUAAAAGUAAGUACUUCAAGCAAUCACUAGAGGCUCUGAAUUUUUUACACGAGAGAGGCGUUGUACAUGGUGACAUUAAAACAUCAAACCUGUUGAUCACAUUAUCUGGCGACAUUCAAGUAACGGACAUCUCCUUACCUCGUGAGUAA